AUAAAAGCAUGGUCGCGACCGGUAAGAGGAAUGUUUGUUUACUUUCAAGAAUGCUUAAAUGCCUGCUUUUAAUUCUGGCCGUUUCUAGUCCAUAUACUGAUGGAAGAAAUGAACCAGCUUGUGAUCUUUAUGAACAUUCAGAUAUUUCAAUUUUUCCUGAUAAACCACUACAAUUAGUUAAGCCAGAUAAACAACAUAAGAAUUUAAUAAUUAUUAAAGAAAAUGUUGCUUUUUUGCAGAAAAUACUAGGACCUGUUGCAAUUGUUUCAGUAGUUGGGAAGUUUCAUUCAGGAAAAUCAUUUUUAAUGAACCAACUAAUGGGAAAGUCAAAUGGAUUUGGCAUAGGUCCUUCUGUUCAACCAGAAACUAUGGGAAUAUGGAUGUGGGGAAGACCGUGGCUUAUGAGAAGAACAAAUGGUGAAAGACUGUCGGUGGUAUUUCUGGAUACUGAAGGAUUUGCUGCUAAUAAUGUAUCUGAAAAUUAUGAUGCAAAAAUUUUUUCUGUUGCAACAUUAUUAAGUUCCUAUCUUCUUUACAAUUCUGUGAAAAUUAUUGAUCAAGCUGACAUUGAUUACUUAGAACUGUUAGCUAGAAGAACACAGCUGUUUGCUCUCCGAUCACAAAUGUCAAGAUCUAAAUGGACUGGAGAAUUUAUUCAUGAUUUAUUGAGCUUUCCACCUCUCCUCUGGAUUGUGCAAGACUUUGUUCAAACAACAGUUGAUAAAGAAACAUCAAAAGAAUGGCUUCAUCGUCUCAUGGAAACACACACAAGAGAAAAUGAAGAUUAUGAAAUUAGAUUAAUGGAUAUCUUUAAAUCAGUAGAUUGUCAUACUUUAUUUUUGCCUGCCACAAGAAAACGGAUUUUAAAUGAUUUAUCUCUGGCUACAGAUGAUGAUCUAACCUUUGAGUAUAAAGAAGAAAGAGAUGAUUUAAUAUACAAGUUAAAACAGUCAUUAGUUCCAAAAGAAAAAAAUCAUAAACCUAUAACUGGAGCAGAAUUAGCUACUCUUUUUGAAAUUUUGGUCAAUGCUGCUAAUGAAGGUUCAUUAGCUGAGAUACCAAGCAGAUGGAAUGCUUUCAUUGAAAGAAUUAAACAAACAGCCACUGAAGAUUGUUUUAAAUUUUAUGUUGCUGAAAUGACAGCAUUCAGUGAUAAACAUAACAAUAAACCUGUGAAAGCAAAAGAUUUACAGGAAUGUCAUAAUCAGUCAUUUGCAAAGGCUACAAAAUUAAUAAUUCAACUGCUUAAAGGUCUUGAAGAUGCUCUAGGAGAUGCAAAGCUUAAACUUACCGAAGAUGUUUCACAUUAUUUUGAAAAAACAUAUGAAUUAAAUGAAAAGAAAAUUAAACUAAGAUGUGCAGAGCUUCAAAAUCAAAUGGAGCUAUAUGCAGAAGAAAUUAUAGGAAAUGUUCAGAUGCCUUGUCCUUUGACAGAGCUUCAAGAACAUGUUAAUUCUGUUAUAGUGAAAGUAAAAACAAAAUUCAUAUUAGAAUUACAAGAUUUGAUAGAACCAGAAAUUAGAGAUAAAUAUAUUACAUCAUUAAAUAAUAUGAUAUUAAAUAUGGCUGAUGGUCUAAAGUUAAAAAAUACUCAGUUAAUUGAAACAACUUUCCAAAAUGAAGCAAAUAUUGCAUUAGAAAAAUUUAAGGAACUUACAAAUAAUGAUGAUAAUACACCUAGAAAACCUAUUCAACUGAAAAAAAUAGUUGAUGAAAACAGUAUUAAAGCAAUUGAUUUAUUUGAAAGACAUUGUAUCAAAUUAAAAGAAGAAAGUUUAUAUACAACAUUCUUAGACCUACUGAAGGGUAAAAUAUCAAUUUUUGCAAAACAACUUAAUGAAAGGAAUGAAGAAUUAGUUAAAGAUUACAUUGAUAGAAAAUCCCAAGAAUUGCUGAAAAGAUUUGAAAAAUCAACUUCACCAAAUCACAUUCAAUUGCCUAUUAAUGCAUCAGAUUUAGAAACAAGAUUAAGAAAUGAAAUAUAUAGAAUAGAAAGAGAAUAUAAAGAUUUCCUAGACGAUUUUAUUGUUUACGAUUCAUAUCAUUCAGGACUAAAAGAUUUAUUGAAAUUAAUAGAUGCUGUGUGUAAGAGAAGAGAACAAGAAAAUGUUGAUGCUUUCACUCAAGUGGUAGAAAAACCUCUUUUGCAAUCCAAACAGAUUAUUUUAUUAUCUGCAGAUAAAUAUUCAACUAAAUUUAAGCUGAAAAAUUUUAUGAUAGAAGUUUGUAAAGUUAAUUUAAAUGAUGGGAAAGUUCAAUACUGGUCAUCAGAAUUAAAGAUAAGUAUUAUAGAACAUUUUAUACAAAAAGAUAAAGAACUUCAGAAGCUUCUAGAAAGUAAAUCAGGGCUUUGGUCAAGCAUAAUAGGUUUCUUUCAAUGGUUGUUAUGGCUUAUAUACUUAGGAUGAAAGGUAUUCUUAUAUUUUCAAUUAUUGUUUAUUUUCAAUUUGUUAAAUUUUUAAUUUAACUUAGAAGUUUAAAAAGUUUAAAAAAUGGAAUAGUUCAGAAUUUGACAAAUAGGAUUGUUCAGAAAAUAACAGAUUUAAUUAAUAAUAAUUAUAUUAUUAUGGAUGUGUAUCCGUUGUUGUUUACAAAAUUAUUGUUUUCUUUAUAUACUAUAUAAUAA